AUUUCCCACAAAUUCACCUUUUCUGAAUCUUCCUCCAUGGGUACUUCCAAAAUGGCCGUGGCUCUUAUAAUUAGGAAAAUCCUUCUCACCAUCACUUUGGCUGGAAUUCUAGCUGGGUUGAUGCCGGAAGCGAGUGGAACACCAGCUUCGUCAUCGUCAUCGUCAUCGGUGGGUGAUAUUGUUACACAAUCAUUCUUCAAUGGGAUAAUCAAUCAGGCUGCUGCAAGUUGUGCAGGCAAGAGCUUCUAUACGCGUGCUGCAUUCCUCAGUGCAACUAAUUCGUAUCCUAACUUCGGCACAACUGGAACAACUGAUGACAAAAAAAGAGAGAUUGCCGCAUUUUUCGCCCAUGUAACACAUGAGACUGGACACUUCUGUUACAUAGAAGAGAUAAAUGGUGCUUCUCACAAUUAUUGCGAUAGUUCAAACACACAGUAUCGAUGCGUCCCUGGCAAGCAGUACUAUGGCCGUGGACCACUCCAACUAACAUGGAAUUAUAAUUAUGGGGCUGCAGGAAAGAGUAUUGGAUUUAAUGGGCUAAAUUCUCCUGAAACUGUGGCCAAAAAUGUUGUGAUUUCGUUCAAGACGGGAUUGUGGUUUUGGAUGAACAAUUGCCACUCAAUCAUAACUUCUGGUCAAGGGUUUGGAGCAACAAUUAAAGCUAUCAACGGUGCAGUUGAAUGCAAUGGUAAAAGCACAGCAGCUAUGCAAGCUCGUGUUCAGUAUUACAAGGACUAUUGUAACCAAUUUGGCGUGGCACCUGGUAACAACCUCACUUGUUAAGAUAGUACAUCUUUUGUACUAGUUUAAUUUCCUGAUAGGAGAGGGAAAAUAAUAAAGACUAAAGUGUUAAGUCAAAUCAAUUAUGUACUAGUUUAAUUUCCUGAAGAGAAGAAGUAAAACAAUAAAGACUAAAGUGUAAGUUAAAUCCACCGUGACAAGAUUACUUGUAUUAAUUUUAAUAUAAUAAAGGCUAUUGCAUUGAAUAAAA